AUGUCUCUUGGGGCCGUGACGGUUGAGGGUACAUGUAACAUCUACCAGAUGACCUCGAUCCAGAUUGACUUCUGCGACUAUGCCCAGGUUAUCAGCGACCUCGUCCCCGGGAUGGUUUCAUCUAACCAGCUCCAGCGCUGCAUCGCUAACAUGGACAGGGAAAUGUGCAGACCAGUGUUAGACUGCCAGAAUUCAGAAACCAUGAUUAAUGAAGCAUUGGAACUUCUCGAUCACAUCUUGGCGGACGAUUCGUGUACCGACCCAUGCACGUCGAACCCAUGCGUCCAUGGAUCCUGUACUCGUCUGACCUCUCAAACCUACUCAUGCACGUGUCAAGCAGGAUACACCGGAAGUACUUGCAAUACGGAUAUCAACGAAUGCGAUUCGAACCCUUGUCAAAAUGGAGGAGCUUGCGUCGAUGGAGUCAAUUCUUUCACCUGUAACUGUGCGUCUGGCUUUGGAGGAGACAGAUGCCAAACCAAUAUCAACGAAUGCGCAUCGAAUCCUUGCCAAAAUGGAGGAGCGUGCGUCGAUGGACUCAAUUCAUUUACCUGUAACUGUGCAGCUGGCUUUACAGGAGAUCGAUGCCAAACCGAUAUCAAUGAAUGUGCAUCGAACCCUUGUCAAAAUGGAGGAGCGUGCGUCGAUGGACUCAAUUCAUUUACCUGUAACUGUGCGUCUGGCUUUGGAGGAGACAGAUGCCAAACCAAUAUCAACGAAUGCGCAUCGAAUCCUUGCCAAAAUGGAGGAGCGUGCGUCGAUGGACUCAAUUCAUUUACCUGUAACUGUGCAGCUGGCUUUACAGGAGAUCGAUGCCAAACCGAUAUCAAUGAAUGUGCAUCGAACCCUUGUCAAAAUGGAGGAGCGUGCGUCGAUGGACUCAAUUCAUUUACCUGUACCUGUGCGCCUGGCUUUGAAGGAGAUCGAUGCCAAACUGAUAUCAACGAAUGCGCCUCAAACCCAUGUCAGAAUGGCGGAAUGUGCGUCGAUGGACUGAAUUCUUUUACCUGUAACUGUGCGCCUGGGUUCGAAGGAGACCGAUGCCAAACCAACAUUGACGAGUGCGCCUCCAAUCCGUGUGAAAAUGGUGCAUUGUGCGUCGAUGGACUGAAUUCUUUUACCUGUAACUGUGCGACUGGCUUUGAAGGAGACCGAUGCCAAACCAACAUUGACGAGUGCGCCUCCAAUCCGUGCGAAAACGGUGCAUUGUGCGUCGAUGGACUGAAUUCUUUUACUUGUAACUGUGCGACUGGCUUUGAAGGAGACCGAUGCCAAAUUAGUAAGUUGAAAGGAGAAAAAAUCUGUAACGCAGACUAA